AUGAACUCAUCUCUGGGCAGCAACCUGUCUGAGCUGGACCGGCUGCUGCUGGAGCUCAACGCCGUGCAGCAGAGCACCCCGGCCUUUCCCACAGAAGUAGCUCCACCACUGCCUGCAAGCAGCACCAACCGCCACAUCCAGGAGAAUGGUGUCUCCGCUCCAGGUAAAGUCCCUCCACCCUUUCCGGAGAAGCCGAAGCGCGUUGUGGCAACUCGAGAAAUAGAGGAUGCACGGCCGAGUGUGGAGAGCCUUCUAGAUGAGCUGGAAAGUUCUGUGCCCACACCCAUUCCCACAACCAUGGUGGUCUCAGAUGAGCCGAAUCACGGACAAGCGGAGAGCCUGUCUCAGCAACAAGCCAGAAUGUCUGCGUCCUCUGCCACACGAGAGUUAGAUGAACUCAUGGCUUCCCUGUCUGACUUCAAAGUCCAAAGCAAUUCCAGCUCUCAGUUGUCGGUCAAUCAGGAUUCUGGUGAUCCUUUUUUGGGUGCUGGAUCACCUGUUGUUCCAGCUGUAGCAGACCUAUCUGUAACACCUCAGGAUACUCCUCUACCUUUGGGCUCCACUUCCCCUUCUUCGACACUUCUUUCAGUGGAACUUCACAUAGAUGAGGAGGGUUACUCAGUUCCUACAUCUUUAUGUGGUCCAACUGUAGUAACUACAUCUUCUAAGAACCUUCAGUACUCCCGGAUCCAACAGAAAGAUCAAGGUGGAACUGUCACAUCUGAGGUCUCACAUUUGGAGAGCUUUAAUGUCUCCAGUGCUUUGACGCCUCCAACCCAAAGGGAAGUUAGCAGUCCUGCACAUACUUUAUUAACAAAGGUUUCUGCAUGUAAAGAUACUGCUGCAAGAAGCUCCAGUCCAGCCGUCGUACCCAAGAGUCCAGUUACUCAAUCUAAAAUUCCCAGUCCCAGUAAAGCAAAAAGUCCCAGUCCUGCUGACAUAAAAUCUAAAAGCCAAGUAUUUACAAAGGGUCUAAGUCCAGUUAUGGUGCCCACUCUCCUGGAAGCUGUUCCCAGGCCAUCUAGUCCAAUAACUGUUCCUAGGUUUUCAAGUCCGGUUCCAAAAAGUGCAAGUCCAUUGUCAGUCCCUGCUCUCUCUAGCCCACUGUCUGUCCCGAGGAGUGCUAGUCCUGACACAGUUGGACGAAGUUCUAGUCCUGUGACUAUUCCAUUUCGUUGUAGUCCUGUUCCAAAGACUGCAAGUCCUCUGACUCUUCCUCAUAACUCCACUUCUCUACCCAAGAGCUUUGGUGCUGAAGCAAUUCAAAGAAAUUCCUCCCCGGUAACGCUUCCAAGUCUUUCAAGUCCAGUAACAGUUCCAAAGAGUGACAAUUGGGUUCCUAAGGGUAGUCCUCAAGUCUUUAGAAAAACAUUCACUACAUCACACACCAGUAGCCCCAGAGCUUCUCCAGUUUCUCUUGCUAGUGUGCCAAUAAACACCCAAAAUUCCCCAGAAAAUACAGGAGAUGUCUUGGAUUUGACAUGGCCAUGCCAGGAACCUUUACUGGAUGACGCCUUUGAUAAAAUCCUCGCUCCCGAUUCUAAUCAGCUGACUGAGAACCAGCCUCCUGCAUGUGUAGUUCCUGGUGAUGAAGAAAAAUCCUGGGAGGAAGAAGUUGGAAUUUACCCUGAAUUUAGCAGAGAAGGGACCCUGACGCCCAUGACUGAGUCGAGUUGGAUGGAUGAGUGCUUCACCCCCUCCUCCUGCCCCGGGACGCCAGAUGCAGCGCUGGACCUGCCAGUACAGCAGCCCUCUACUGUCGAUCGACUGUCUGCGUCUGGUCAACUCAAGUCGGUUAUCCGCCGCACCAAAGAGACAUCCAAUGUGCAUCCGAUGUACAGGGAGGGAUUGCUCAGACGUAAGAUGGGACCAAUCAUUGUGAAUAAAAGCAACUCCCAAGAUCGGCUCAUUGAGGAACUGCAGGGAAAGCUGGGGAUUGGGCGAGUGGAGCGUAGGCGGAAACAACAGCCGGAUGAUUGGUUGACGGAAGGAGUCAUCGUUAUGUCCAACCCGCAAAGAACACGGGAGGAAGGGAUCCAGCCACCUGUGGAUAAGAUCAUCAUCCCUCCCGAAUCACCUGCCCCACAGAGAAAAGUCCUCCCUCCUCCGCUGUCUCCCCCAGCACCCAAAAAGCCCCCACCAGUCAACCAGACACCCCCACCACUACCUCCGCCACCUCCAACACCCCCUCCUCCACGAGAGCCCACCCCUCCACCCCCAAAGGAGCCCACACCUUCCCCCAUCUUGCCCCCUCCAUCACCUAGUCCUCCACCUAAGCCUGUCACACCACCCCCAGCCCCCAAGGUCUUUGUAUCAGUUGGUUGUCAGACAGAGUACGACCCCGUCUUCCCACCAAUGCAGAUCCAGUCACAAGGGAAGGGCUCAACAGGUGCACCGGCCAACAAGUUGGACAACAUGUUGGGAAGCCUGCAGUCGGACCUCAACAGACUCGGAGUCCAGACCAACGCUAAGGGGGUCUGUGGUGCCUGCAAGAAACCAAUUGCUGGACAGGUGGUGACUGCCAUGGGCAGAACAUGGCACCCAGAGCACUUUGUGUGCACCCACUGCCAGGAAGAGAUAGGCUCUAAAAACUUCUUUGAGCGUGAUGGGCUGCCUUACUGCGAGAAAGACUACCACAACCUGUUCUCACCGCGCUGCCACUACUGUAACGGACCCAUUCUGGACAAAGUAGUGACAGCUUUGGACAAGACCUGGCAUCCAGAGCACUUCUUCUGUGCUCAGUGUGGAUCCUUUUUUGGGCCAGAAGGUUUCCAUGUUAAGGAUGGAAAGGCGUUCUGCAGAAAGGACUACUUUGACAUGUUUGCUCCUAAAUGUGGCGGCUGUACCCGGGCCAUUCUGGAGAACUACAUCUCUGCCCUGAACUCACUCUGGCACCCUGAAUGCUUCGUGUGCAGGGAGUGCUUCACCCCGUUCAUAAACGGCAGCUUCUUCGACCACGACGGCCAGCCGUACUGCGAGUCCCAUUACCACGAGCGCCGCGGCUCCCUGUGCUCCGGCUGCCAGAAACCCAUCACCGGCCGCUGCAUCACAGCCAUGGGCAAGAAGUUUCACCCGGAGCAUUUUGUGUGCGCUUUCUGCCUCAAGCAGCUAAACAAGGGCACCUUCAAAGAGCAGAACGACAAGCCGUACUGCCACGGCUGCUUCGUGAAACUCUUCAGUUAGACUAUGUCUGCUGUAUGUGCAAUGAGUGUGAGUAAGAAUGCACAAGGGGAUUAAGGUGCACCUAUGUGUCUAUGUGCGUCGCUCAGAGUUUUUAAACACAUAAUGAGGGUAGAAAUGUUUCUAUCAGGUAUGACACUGAAAGGGAUUUGCCACCUUUUACACUUUUACUAAAGGCCUGUCAAUGGAGCCCACAGAGAUUUUUAUUUGGAUUUUUGUUCCUGAGUGUGCCAGGAACAAGAAAGAAAAUGUUGCUUUCUUCUUGUUUGUGUGUAAAUGAAUAGUUUUGAUUUGUAAAGUAUUUUCCCCAUUUAGCAGAGCAAGACCUUGCAUCACAUGAUGGUUGGCCUGUGCUGACUGUUUUUGCAGAUCUGAGACAGCUGCUUGAUUGCAUGGACCACUGAGAGUAAAUAUAAACAGUUUUAAAGUACUAUGAGUGUUUUGAUGAGCAGUGUUUGGACACUGAGUAGUUAUAAAAGAUGUAUUUUUCUAAUUCUGGAAACUUCUGAGGUGCCAUUUUGGAAUACCUGAACCACUUUUUGAUAUGUAAAUGUAUACAGACACAUGUCCUAUUUGCUUCAACAUAGACCUGUUUGAUCACUUCAACUUCAAAUAUCCCGUUCAGACCAGCUUUAAAUGUAUUUUAUAUGUUAGUGUCAAUUAGUUCUUAUUUUUCUACAGAUUUCUUAUAAAAACAUGUAUUUUUUUUUCAUUUUCAGCACACAUUUCACUUCCAGUUUUAGUAGAGAUGCACUGAUCUGGAUUUUCCUGGCUUCAUUUUGGGUUAGAUUCAAAAUGACUACUACUAUCAAAGAACCUGUAGAAUUUUUUUUUUUAUUUUAUUUGUUAUGGCCCUCAAGAAAUAAAUCAGAAUUGACAGAUCAGACUUCAAAGGUAACCUAAAAUCAGUAUCGCCCUGAAAAAUCCCGAUCGGUGCAUCUCUCCCUAACCAUUAUCUAUUUUAAAAAAAACAAAAGAGCACUGAAAAACAUUUUGAUGGUUCUGCAUUUAUGGGUGGAAAAUGGUGGAAGUUUUUAGUUUAAUGCAUUUAAUGAAUAGGACAUAAAACAAUAUUUUUCUAUGUUUGACCUGCUGAUCAUGGAACCAACCAUCCGAUCUUUGGAUGAUCAAUCGGCGCAUCUAUUUUAGCUCACUUACUUCUAGAAAAAUGUAUUGAGUGAAACUUUGUUUUAACUUGACUACAGCACCACGAGUGUUGUGCAAUCUACAUUCACAAUGAUCAUAUAGUUUUUCCAUCUACUUAUAGAAAAAUAAAAUCAGUUCAGUUUAAACACGGAUGUGUAAUAUUUAGAUUUGAUUUAAACCACAGAUGCAUUUCAUGAGGAAAAACUGAAAUGGAUUGAAAAUUGACAUUUCACUGCUGUUAUUUGCAGUUAAUAAACUAAAAAACUAUAUUUUUGAAAAUUUCAGCAUUUUACAGCCUAUGUGCAUUUAUCACUGUUUUUCAUGCAUCUAUAAAACUAGUUAAAUAUUGUGCGUUUUGAUUCGAAGCAUGCCAAUAUUUUUUAUUUGGAGUUUUAUAAGCACCGGCUGCUAGUUGCUGUUACAAUCAUCUACAUUUCUACACCUAUAAUAUGCUGAGCCUCAUCUGUUUUGAUCAAAAUGUGUGUUUUGGAGCAAUUAAAGGCUCACUCUGGUAUGCAAAGAGCUGGCUCUGUUAGCAUGUAGCCUACUGUAACGACAGUCGGUCUCAUUCCUUCAACACAGACACAUGUACCAGCGCAGAGGAAACACAGCCUGCUGUCUCUGUGUUACGAAUUGUCCUCCUGAGGUAUCGGUGCAAAGGUCACUGAUGGAAGAUGGAUGCUGGUCUUUACUGGUCAGGAAUCAGGAUAAGACUCUAAACCAGUGUUAGAACUUUAUGGGAAAAAAAAUAAUAAUUACAUUACGACGCUUUUCGUCUUUAUUUCACUCACCGCCUGCUUUUGCCUGAAAUCAAUCGUUAGAUUUUUAGGGGUCAGGAUGACUACGCCAUUGCCUUCAGUUUUAUAUUGUGCAGAAAAUUCAUACACAAACUCCAAUGUGCCAAUUGUGUCAAUGCAAUAACCUUUCAGACACUGUGGAGCUCUCAAGCGUUUCCUGUGAUUUUAUUGUACUUUUUUUUUUUUUCCCGAGCUGAAGUCUGGGGGUCGUGCUGCGUUUUAGCUGAACUAUACACUGUAGCAGACGAGCCAUGGAAAAACUUGCUGUUGUUUAGCGUUCACAUGUAGCUCGUUGCGAUGCGAUGGAUGUAGCAGGCGACGAUGCGGGUGUUGGAGAACAAGACUCGGGUUUGCUCGUGUUUAUUUAUCUCAUGCUAAAUUGCCUUACAUUUUCUGCUUCUGUUGGAGAACUUGUAUGAGGAAAACAAAGCUUUUUACUUGUAACGCAACUAUGUGAAUUUUGCUUUGUAAAUGGAGUUACAGUCAUUUAGCGUUUGGCUAUUCUAAUUUUCUCAUGAGCUAUUCAUAUGUGUGGGUGAGAGGCAAGUCUUUGUGGGUCCUGAUAACUAAUUGGUGAACCUCUGCAAAUAAAAGAGAAAAAUACAAA